AAAGUAGCCAAACGGAGAACGUUACCAUGGUUGCAUUCUGAAAGCGCAAGGAAGCAAAACGUUUGCAUAGUAGGUUGGAGGCCAUUGCUAGUAGGUUGGAGGGCAUCGCUAUUGGAAACAAAGAUAAAAGAAAAGGAAGAACGGUCUAAUUCAAACCUUGCUCACAUUUCGUUUUUCUGUGACUUGCGCUACAGGAGAAUAUGCCAGCGGACCAUUUCCAAGUGAAGCUUUCGGGCAACUGGAAGGACUACAAAGGGAAUGAAGACAAGAUCUUGAAGCGCGCAUACCUUGCCGGUUUCCCUCAUGCCAAGUACAAGCUCCGAGGCCAGUCCUAUGAGGUUGACUUCAAGAGCAUGACCCAGAAGAACAUGCGCACGGGAAAAUCUCGUGACAUUCGUGCGCCCUACAAGUGGAAGCAGCCAGAGAAGCCCAUCGUGGAAGCCGGCCCAACAUUCUGCAUCAAA